ACAGGACGAAAUAGUGAUGUAAACAGGAAGUGGAGACAGUGAGUUCCUUCUAGACCUGUGAAAGGGUUGAAAUUCAAUUGUUGGCAUUUUAUGUACAUUUUAAUCUGAUGAUUACAUAUUUUCGGCAUUUUUCUUAUGUUAGUUAGCUAACGUUUUAUUGUAUAUUAAAUCUGAAAAUGUCGAAAUCAACGAGCCCAGAUCAAAUGUCGAAUCCGCAGUUAUUUCAACAGUUGGCUCUUUUAGGCUGGCUUCGUUCAGACAGUGAAAAGGACAAGGACAUUCUAACAGCCCUCACCGGUAUUCAGGUAGCACAAGAGCUCAUGAACCGUCUCACAGGUCAAAGAGAGAUUGAUGCUUUUAAGAGAGAAUGUAUCCAGCGCAUUGCAGACUUUGUGCAGAAGAAUCCACGUGCCUCACAGGAUCAAAUCAAUGCAGAGGUUAAGAAACAUGUCUUGCUUUUUGCUGCCCGAGUGCAGGCCCUUGACUCUGUCCCUCUUCUCUGAGUCCCAUACUGCUCUCUGACUGACCUUUGUAUUUUAAUGGACAUUCUGCCAAUGUUCCAAACAUUGCAGCCUAAAAAAAAUAUAUACAUUCCAUAGCCUUAUCUGAAACAGAUAUCAUUAUUGUCAUUCUGUUGUAUGUUGUCUUUUUCGAUUGUCAUAUUGCCUUAUUGUUCUGUAAUAAUUAUUAAAAGAGACUGUUCUGAUG